CUGGACGUGACGGGCUUUUCCGUUGCCUCUAACCGCUGUUUCCUGUGAAACAUGCCUCCACGUCAGGCUUUCGCCUCCUUUCGCCGUGUUUGUCUCGCCCCGGACGUGGCUGGUGCGAGGUAUCGGUAAGCAGUCGCUCUCUGAGCGGCUGGCAUAGCGACUGUUCGCACAUAGAUAAGUUGACACCAUCAGAGAGACAUGGUCUUGCAACUGCAAGAUCGUGAAAUCGUUGUAAGAGCAUGACCGAGCCUGUUAGCAAGUCACCCCGCCAAGGACCAGUGCGACCCCCGCCUUCUGGGCCGUUACCGCUUCUCCCAUCGCAGAAACACAGGACCAAAACGCUACGCCGAGCCCCUCCCGCCCCCAUCGUCCCUCCACCUCGUGAACCCUAUCUGGGAAGAAUUCAGCUGUCACCCAACCCCCUGUCUUCAAUCAUACAAGGGGACAUCUACGUCAACUUGCUAGGACACGAGGCUAUUCUCGUGCUUGGCGACGGCCAUGGCUUUCCCGGUGCUCCCGAGAGCUACUUUCCCACUCGCCAGUGCCGUAUCACAUUAUACGGGGCGCGAUUGAUUCCGCUUGAGCACGAAAGCUUUCGCAAACCAGAGGGCCACCUGAUCACCACAGGUGUGGGGGCAGGAGGAGGGGUUCAGACCUCUAAGUCAGUCGCAAUUCCGCCACGCGCAGAUCAGGGGAAGGAGACUCGCUCCCCCGUCGCGUCACUGCAAUCGAAUUCUGGAAGCUGGGACUGGUUACAAGUUGACCCUGGCGCGAACACAUACCGGCGCAAGACUCGCACACCGCGUACCCCGAUGCGCAGCACGCCCAACUCCCCCGCUACUCGUUCAUGUCAUGCUGUGAGGGCCAGCGAGAUAGGGCCGCCUGACACCCACUCGGUAUUUGUCACUCCGGAGAUGUUCAUACCCUCUCGACCUCCGCCUCUGCCGCCACAGUGGAGUCAGUACUCGUCUGCAAUCCCUGUUCUCGAUUCCACCUCGCCUCCCAUGGCCCCCAACCCCGACCUAUUGCCGACACUAUCCUCUCCGACAACCUUUACCCUCCCACUCAGAGCGCUUUGCAAGCCUCCCGACGCGUCGCCUGGGUAUGUCGCAACUCCUGGCCGCGCGACAGGUCUGCGCACCUCCAAGUCGCUUCACAACCUCACUCAAACACUUGCUACAGGCAUGUCUCCCGCGGCGAGGGCCUACCUCGCCACUCCUGUCGGUCCGCUCGCCUCAUCGGAGUCAAUUUCGCGACAGAUCCCUCUUACCGGCUAUGAUCAUGAAGCUGACACCUUCCGUCUUCACCCUUGGUCACAGGAGGCCUUACCGCUAGGUGGUCCAUCGCAAUCGAGAUAUCGCACCCCCUCCGACUCAUCGCAAUCGUCCUACUCUCCGAGCCCUGAAAUCGAGCAGAGAUCAGUUGCAGCAUAUGAAGAGCUGACCGCACCGUCAAUCCUCAGACAACCAGGAGCCGCCAGCCACUGAGACCGCAGUGACCGCCAUCAUCCGUAAUUGUAAACAAGGGAGUGGCACGGCGUAUGCAGGAUGGCCUCUGAAAUUGUUUCCGGCAAUACCCCGUUACAAUAUGACCGGGGCGUCCUCCAGAACGUGCUACUAGGUACAGUCCAAAAACGUAGAAGUUUGUGGACGAGUUAGGAAUCGAACCAAAGACCUUGUCAAGAUCAUUGUGGUGUGCUGCUCGCACACCGACUGCUAAUGACACGCUCUACCAACUGAGCUACA